GAAAGAACCCUCACAUGAAGAGAAGUAAUUUUGAGGGGAUUCCAAAUAAAAUACAUAGGACUGACUCAAAGAAGUUUUUCUCAGCUUGUCAAUGUCUUCUUUCAAAAGUGCACGAUGCCCAGAGUAAAGAAAUGUCCAACAGCAGCUCCAUCAGCCACUUCCUCCUGCUGGCACUGGCAGACACGCGGCAGCUGCAGCUCCUGCACUUCUGCCUCUUCCUCGGCAUCUCCCUGGCUGCCCUCCUGGGCAACGGCCUCAUCAUCAGCGCCGUAGCCUGCGGCCAGCACCUGCACACGCCCAUGUUCUUCUUCCUGCUCAACCUGGCCCUCAGUGACCUGGGCUCCAUCUGCACCACUGUCCCCAAAGCCAUGCACAAUUCCCUCUGGGACACCAGGGACAUCUCCUACUCAGGAUGUGCUGCACAGUUAUUUAUGCUUGUCUUCUUCCUUGGAGCAGAGUUUUCCCUCCUGACCAUCAUGUGCUACGACCGCUACGUGUCCAUCUGCAAACCCCUGCACUACGGGACCCUCCUGGGCAGCAGAGCUUGUGCCCACAUGGCAGCAGCUGCCUGGGCCAGUGGCAUUCUCAAUGCUCUGCUGCUCACGGCCAAUACAUUUUCCCUGCCCCUGUGCCAUGGCAAUGCCCUGGGCCAGUUCUUCUGUGAAAUCCCACACAUCCUCAAGCUCUCCUGCUCGCACUCCAGCCUCAGAAAACUGGGGGUUCUUGCUGUUAGUGCCUGUUUAGCUUUUGGCUGUUUAUUGUUCAUGGUUUUCUCCUAUGUGCAGAUCUUCAGGGCCGUGCUGAGGAUCUCCUCUGAGCAGGGACGGCACAAAGCCUUUUCCACCUGCCUCCCUCACCUGGCCGUGGUCUCCCUGUUCCUCAGCACUGGCACAUUUGCCCACCUGAAGCCGCCCUCCAUCUCCUCCCCAUCCCUGGACCUGGCCCUGUCAGUUCUGUACUCGGUGGUGCCUCCAGCCCUGAACCCCCUCAUCUACAGCCUGAGGAACCAGGAGCUCAAGGCUGCAGUGGGGAGACUGAUGACUGAAUGCUUUCAGAAACACUAAACUGGUUUCCA